ACCUUCAAAACGAUAUAAGCCAACAGGGAAAAGUCACCCUUCUCUCCAAUGGCUUCCAAGACCCUUCUUUGCCUCUUCUUUUGCCCUAUUCUCUUUCUACAAUUCCAUUUCUCAUCCGCCCAAGUCGUUGAAGCUUCUUAUUGGUUCCCAGAGAGUGGUUUUCUAGCCUCAGACAUAGACUCCACUCUCUUCACUCACCUAUUUUGUGCAUUUGCUAACCUAAAUUCCACAACCAACCAAGUCACAGUUUCCUCCUCAGACGAUGCCCCAUUUUCCCAAUUCACAAGCACUGUCCAACUCAAAAACCCUUCUGUCCAAACCCUCCUCUCAAUCGGCGGUGGAAGUUCUGACCAAACCGCCUUCGCUUCCAUGGUUAGCCAAUCCGCCACCCGAAAAACCUUCAUUGACUCUUCCAUACAGCUAGCUAGGUCUUAUGGCUUUCUAGGCCUUGACCUUGAUUGGGAAUACCCGCAAUCCGCUUCCGAAAUAAACAAUUUCGGCUUGCUCUUCACCGAGUGGCGGUCUGCAGUGGCAGCCGAAGCUGCCGCCACUGGAAAUCCGACCCUGUUAUUGACCGCAGCAGUCAACUAUGCAUCGACGGUUAAUGGGGUGAAUUAUCCCAUUCAGCCGAUUGCAAAUAGCUGUGAUUGGGUCAAUUUAAUGGCCUACGACUUCUAUGCGCCCAAUUAUUCCACAGUGACCAAGCCGCCAGCAGAACUAUUUGACCCGCCUUCGGGUUCAGUCAGCGGAAGUUAUGGGAUCCAGUCAUGGAUUCAGGCCGGGCUAAGCCCACAGAAUAUGGUGUUUGGUUUGCCGUUUUACGGGUAUGCAUGGAAACUUGUGAAUGCUAAUGAUCAUGGGUUUAAUGCCCCGACUAGAGGGCCGGUCGGGUCGGGUGAUGGCUCAAUGGGUUAUAAUGAGAUCAAGGCCUUCAUAGCCCAGAACCAGGCCACAACUGUGUACAAUUCUAGUGUUGUUUCGGAUUAUUGUUAUUCUGGAACAACAUGGAUAGGAUAUGAUGAUAUCCAGAGUAUCACAGCCAAGGUUUCAUAUGCUAAGCAACAGGGAUUGCUUGGGUACUUUUCUUGGCAUGUUGGAGUUGACAACAAUUGGGCUCUUUCACAAAAAGCCAAACAAACUUGGGAAACAGGAAACAUAUUUCAAUCAGGGAUAAAUAUAUCUUGACCAGGAUUAAUUAAGAUUGAAACUUAAUAAUUUUAUUUGUAAUAUUAAACACAAACAAUAAGAGCUUAUCCAUAUUCUUGUUCCAUAAAACGUAAGAACUACUACAUCCUUGGAAUUUGGCCCCAAGCUGAAUGCUCGGGAUGUAAUCAAAUUUCACUUUAAUCUCUUAUAUGUUAAUAUAUUUUUUUUUCAAAAUUUAA